GGGAGAGCUGGAUGGAUCAGACCCUGAGCCUGGGUCUCCAUUCGAGCCGCGGCACGGGCAGCCGAGUGGUUUGCUUUUGCCUGGCACUCCUGGGCAGGGCGUCUUUUGCCCGGCGCUGCUAGCAGACAAAUUACAGCCUUGCCUCUGUCAAGGUAGAUAAGAGACCAUGUGAUGCAGCCUGGUGCUAAAUGGGUUGCAGGCAGGGUAAAGGUGCACAGGGAAAUAACCUUGCAGGGAGUUCCUCCUUCCUUGGUGCACAGAGUCUCUGGGCAGCGCAGAUCCCUGUGGAUUUGUGCACCAGUCGGCCUUGAUGCCUGCGCAAGUUUUUGGAUCUCUCUGAAACUCACGGAAAGGAGGAAUGUCUUUUAACAGAAGGAACUGGUCUGAUCUCUCCAGCCUGGCCAGGCAGAGAACCCUCGAGGAUGAAGAAGAGCAGCAAAGGGAACGCCGGCGAAGAGGUCGGAAUUUGCUGUCCUCUACAUCAACGGAGGAAGACCCUCCUAGCACUUCGAAAGACGUCAGUUCUGCUCCCAGCAGGCCUCAGACCCUGGCGCAGGCAGCGUCUCCGGAAGAAGUGGAAGAGCGUAAGCUCUCGGAGGUGCUGAAGACCCCAGAGGGGAGGCGGACAAGAACGCCAGUGGCAACCUCUGAAAAGCUGAGACAGGAGAAGGAGCAGGAGGAGGCAGGGGCGGCAGUGAGCCGUGGGGAGGCAGGGCUGCAGCGGCACGUGGGGCAGGAGGGUGUCCUGGCUGGAGAGCGGGGUCAAGACGCAGCCAAGGGCAGAGAGGCCCCGCCAGGAGACCGGUACCCGAAGGCUGCCUCAGAGAGGAAGGCGGUGGCAAGGGGACGGCUCCAGGACAGAGAGGGACGGGGCACGGGGACGCCGCAGGGGGACCAAGGGAGUGAGGUGGGGGAGCAGCGGCAGCAGGCAGUGCAGGAGCAGAGGGGCUGCCGGCUCCGCGAAGUGAAGAUCCUGCCUGGAGGAGGAAGCCGCAGCACGGAGGAGAAGACGGUCUCGCUGGUGACCUUGUCUCCUGGCCAGCAGCAUCCACCCAGGAGUACUCCGAAGGAAGUAACACAGCGGACCCCCCGCCAGGAUGAACCUGCAGAAAAGUCAGAUGCUUCUCCAGCUCGUGUCACCUAUAGCAGCUCCAUCAGACGAAGCAGCCCAAGAACUGUCUCCUUCCGGGUGAUCUCAAGAAAAGAGAGAGAAGAAAACCAAAGCCCUCUCACGAGGAGUGCGAGUCUGAGGAUCCCAGGAAACAGCACCACUAUUGAGGAGAAACUGGAAAAGUACACCUCAGCUGUGCAGCGAUCAGAGGUGAUGAAAUCUUCUCUGACUGUUCAGAAGAGCCUCAUGCUGUCCUCGGAGGGGGUGGCAAGCAAGCGCAACUUCUUUGAGACGAGCGCUCCUGCCAAGGCUGAGCCCCUCACUGUCAGGAAGGACAACGUGAAGGUCCCGGGAUCGGUGACAUCCCGCAUUAAUCUGUGGAUCAGCAGAGCUCAGGAGCCCAGCAAGGAGGAAAAGAGCAAGGACACCAGGAAAAUAAACAGCCUGACAAAGCAUGAAGUCUGGGUAAAGCAGCCGAAAGACUCCUCUGGGGAUACCAAGCUGUAACAAUAUAAGAUGAUCUGGGAAAAUGUCUUUUGCUCUGAAGAACAAAGCCUGGCCCCACCUAAUCAUCCAGCAGCCCACUGCUAUGAGAGUCCCCUGCACGCCGUGUGUGGGGUGGAUCCCAGGGGUGGCCAGGGUCCCCUGCUUGUGGGCUGGGAAGGAAGAAGGCUAGAAGACUAUUCCUGUGCCUCCCAUCUUCACUAGCUGUCUGUCUGGGAAUAUCCAGUCCUUGAGCCCCCUUACAGAUGCUGAAGGCAGAGUCCUGUCUCAUUUCCCCACAACACUUCGGUGUUUUGCUCCUAGUCCUCAAUUGUGCCCCACAACUGGGCUUGCAAAGUGUGAAGUCUAUGUUUCCCUUGCAGCUAGGUCCUGAUGGUGGGUGAGAGGCUGCCUGGCCAGGGGAGUUACAGCUGCCUGCCUGCAGACCGUGUCAAUUCCUACUGCCCGUCCCCGCCCGGCACGGUGGCAGGCUCAUGUGGGGUGUGAUGGAGGAACAGCCAGAUGAAACCUCCCUCCCAGGCUGUGACUGCUGGAGGGGACGCAGCCACAGAUGAAUGACUUUGUAAAGUCGCAAAUGCACUGGCUUGGCUCAGAGAUGCCUCAUGGAGGACAGGUAGACCUGAGGGCCCUGGUGCUUCCCUCCAGCAGCAGUUCAGCAGGAGAGGGGGGCUUGCCCUCCUCCCUCCUACCCCUUUCGUUUCCUGCCCCCUACAAGCAGUGAACCCUUUCACUUAGUGUUAUGGGGAGGGUGGAAUGGCCAUGACCCUAUUUAUGGGUCCCGUCCCGUCCCGUCCCCUGCAAACCUCAUCAUCCCUCUCACCACUUCUCAUGAACCAUUUAUCCUUGGCUACAGAGACCCAAAGUUACCUGGUUCCUGCCUCUGUGCUCUCUGGCCUGCCAAGCCCGCCUGGGACACCCGCCUUCAGGGGACACGAGGUGUUCUCCUGAGCCCAGCUUUAGGAUGCUGUGAGGAGUCCAUGAAACGAUGCUCAGGUCCUUGCAAGGGGGCCAGGCCAUGUGCCUCUAGCAACCACUGCAGUGUCUGAAUUCGGUGUGGGACUCUACUGCUCACCCUAAAUCUGAUUUUGCUUGUUAAGCUUCGGAGAGGACCUGGUUUUCUCCAUUCCUUUUUUUUUUUUCUAAUAAAAAUGACUCUUUUUAA